AUGAAUAUUUAUUUUCAGUGUUCCCUCGCCGGCAUAUCGUCCCUCACCCUUGGAUCUCAGUUGUAUCUACUCAGCGGACUCAUCUCUUACUUAGCCGGAAGAAUGCCCUUGGUCGGACCUGUCAUCACAACGGUUCUGGAGCUACUCUGCACCGGAUCAAAUCCCCUGCCCGGCUGCAAUAUCCAACUGGGCAACAAUUCGACGUGCCAAGAUCCAAUCACGUUCAGCUUCUUAAGUGGUCUGGGUGUCGAAAAGUGUAUCAAUAACCUUACUCAAGUGUGCCAAAAUGGGCAGCCGGCGACGGCAAGCGUUAUCCAGGGAUUUUUCAAAACACUUACGUGCCUGGCCGGGGCCGUUCUCAGCACCAGCCCUAGUGGAGCCUCUUCCAGCAUCGUGUGCAUUAUAAUCAAACUUAUUCAAACGUCGACGGGAGGGAAUGAAAUCAUUGGUGCCCUCUUGACCUUUGUCCAGGGCCUCCCUGGAACUACAUGUAUGAAUUCCUAUUUUUGA